AUGCCUACCGACGUGAUCGCCAUACUGACGCAGGAUCCUGAUGUUCAUACCGAGGUUGAACCUUAUCUACUCGAUGACUUUCAAUCAGAGACCACAUCUCUUGCCUCUGCCAUUGCUCGGGGUCGCAUGGAAAAUGGCCGAAGAUAUCAAGCAUUGAAAGAAGAUGACUAUUGGAGUCCAUCGGAUGAGAAGCAAUUCGAGGCUUUUGAAAUGGGGUAA